AUGGCGCUGGCCGCGGCCGCGGCCGCUGCGGCCGCCGGGGUGAGCCAGGCGGCAGUGCUGGGCUUUCUGCAGGAGAACGGCGGAAAGGUGCGCAACUCUGAGCUGCUGAGCCGCUUCAAGCCGCUGCUGGAUGCCGGCGACCCACGCGGCCGCGCCGCCCGCAGGGACCGUUUCAAGCAGUUUGUCAACGACGUGGCCGUGGUGAAGGAGCUCGACGGCGUCAAAUUUGUGGUGCUGAGGAAGAAGCCGCGGCUCCGGGAGGGACCAGAGCCCCUUCCCUCCUGCUUCUCGAUCACCCCGGAGGCAUCAGCCCCGCCGUCGAAGAUCACCUCCGUCUCACAGGGGGAAACCGCUGCUUCGGGGGCUCCAUCCUUGGCCUCGGCGCAGAGGGCGGUGGAACCACCUGAGGACCCGGCUCCGCCAUCAGAGCCACAGGACACCCCCGGGGAUCAGGCCUCUGAGCCCACUCAGCUGACUAAGGGGCUGCUGUUAGUCCCAGCCCGGCAGUCAGGGAUGCCCUCGGACCCCCAGAUUACAGCCUUUGAGCUGGCCCAGCCCUCCGAGGGACUCUCUGCAGACGUGGCCCCACCGUCCAUGGCACCGUCGGAGGCAGCUUUGCCCCAUGCAGAACCGCCAGACCCGGAACCUGCGCCUGGGCUGACAAAAGGGCCGCCACCACCCCCUCCGCGCGCGCUGCCGCAAAAACCCUGCAUGCUGCCGGUGCGCUGCGUCCCGGGCCCCGCGGCGCUCCGGAUCCGGGCGGAGGAACAGGGCCUGCGUCGGCAGCUGUCGGAGGAGCCCAGCCCACGGAGCUCCCCGCUGCUGCUGCGGCGGCUCUCAGUAGAGGAGUCCGGCCUGGGCCUCAGCCUGGGCCCCGGCCGCUCCCCGCACCUGAGGCGCCUGUCGCGCGCCGGCCCUCGUCUGCUGAGCCCGGACACCGAGGAGGUGCCCGCCGCACCGCCGCCGUCCGCCGUCCCCCUGGAGCCGGCCGAACACGAGUGGCUAGUGCGGACUGCCGGGGGCCGUUGGACCCACCAGCUGCACGGGCUGCUGCUGCGCGACCUCGGCCUGGCGACCAAACGCGACUUCAUGUCUGGUUUCACGGCCCUGCAUUGGGCCGCCAAGAGUGGCGACCUCGAGAUGGUGCAGCAGCUGGUGGAGAUCGCGCGGCGUGGAGGCGCGCGGGUCGACGUGAACGCGCGCUCACACGGUGGCUACACGCCGCUGCACCUGGCGGCUCUGCAUGGCCACGAAGAUGCAGCGGUGCUGCUGGUGGUCCGCUUGGGUGCGCAGGUGCACGUGCGUGACCACAGCGGGCGGCGCGCUUACCAGUACCUGCCGUCCGGCGCCUCGUACGCGCUGCGCCGCCUACUUGGCGACCCCGGCCUGCGAAGCUCUACCGAGCCCGAUGCGACCGGUGGUGGUAGUGGCAGUUUUGCGGCCCGGCGCCCGGUGCAGGUGGCCGCCACCAUCCUCAGUUCCACCACCAGCGCGUUUCUGGGCGUCCUGGCCGACGACCUGAUGCUCCAGGAUCUGGCUCGAGGCAUGAGGAAGUCAGGCUCCUUAAGCAAAUUUUUGGGUGCCUCGCCCAUGGCUCCUCGUAAAAAGACAAAACCCCGCAGUAGUCUGCAGGUCUUUUCAGAAAUCUCCCGUCGACCCACUCCGGGGCCCUUGGCUGGUCUAGUGCCCAGCCUACCCCCAGCAACCUGA